AUGGAGAAAGCUAUACCACAAUCAUUUCCAAACACCGUCCACAAGCUAUGCCGUUGGCACAUCAUGAAGAAGUACAUGGAAUGCCUCGCGUUGCUGUACAAAAAGUAUAAAACAUUCAAAGAGGAGUUCACAGCUAUAUUACACUGGCCGCUGAUGCCAACGGAGUUUGAAACUGCCUGGGCUGAACUCGUACACAAGUACAACCUGGAGAACGACCAGAUGAUGAUGCAGCUGUGGAUUGAUAGGAAAAUGUGGAUUUCAGCAUAUUACAAGAACAUUUUCUGUGCUAGAAUGACUUCCACACAACGAAGCGAGAGCAUGAACCACGUGCUCAAGAAAGGGUUUGUCAAGGGGACCCAGAACCUACACAAGUUUGCUGGGCGAGUAAAUGCUUGCAUACAAACUCGGAUGCAGAAGGAGAACGAGCAAACAAUGACCAGCAUGACCAAUCCUGUGACAAAAACAACUUACGGCUACGAGGAAGACAUGUCUAUCAAGUACACGAGAGCCGUGUACACCGAGAUGAGGACUAGGAUGAGAAAAGCCACGCUAUUUCGUGCAAAGCGUACAUCAGAGCCCACUAAGUACCUUGUGUACUACCACAACAAGCCUGGCCAUGAUGAUGAAGAAAGAUUUUCCUGGUCAAAGAAUGAAUUCCAGGUUGUAGCUGACCCAAAGAAUGAAAUAUACGAGUGUGAAUGCAAGCUUUGGACACACAUAGGCCUGUUCUGCCUUCACAUCAUGAACAUACUGGACUACCUGAAGCCUGACAAAUUUCCAAACAAGUAUAUCCUCAAAUGCUCAAGACUAUCGAAGCAAGACAUCUUGCUGCAGCUGAAUUUGAUGGUUAACAAGAAAGCGAUGAGAUGUGACCAGCAAUAUGACAGAGCCUACUAUGUUCUCAAGAGGCUCGUGGAAAAGCUUGAUGCAAUACGUUCAGCAAAUCAAGCGGAUGCUGAUGAAAGGAUGGCUGAAGAGGACACUGAAAUUGAAGAUGACCUUCAUUAUUAUGCAGCUGAAAUGCUCAACGCCGCCGAUCAAGCCAACCAAUGCAGGCAGGGUGUUGACCAAUCAAUGGAGCAGCGGCAGCAAGAGACGAUGAAACUGUCGCUGUACUCUGAAACAAAGGGUAGGAAGAAAAUUUCUGUAGCAAAGAAAAGUGACAAGAGAGCUGAAAUAAAGGCACCACCUGCAGCAAGAGUCGUCGUGCUCGAUGAGGACGGAGUGCCACUUGGACACAGGAAAUGUAGUGUGUGCAACCAGGUUGCGGGACACAACAAGCUCACCUGUCCAACACUCUUAGAAAGACACAAUGCCGAGCAGAAUGUUAUUCCACUUUUCAAAACAGUAUUUUAG